UUGUCUCUGUGACAGCUUUCCGCUUACGUGAACUCCCACUCCCUCACUACCCCACUGCUCGACGCUUAGGCGCUACGAUUCUCUCUUCUCUAAUUCACAUCUCUGCUUCUGCAACUCUAUUUCGAUCCCUCUCUUUCUCGCUUUCCUCUUCCUCUUCCAUACGCUCAUUGCUUUUUUUUUUAAUUCUAUUUUUUUUUGAAAUCGGAUUUGUCAUUUUUCAGUUGCAGAGGUUUUUUGAAUUUUAGGGUUUAGUAAUUUUUUUUUGUAGACUGUGUCAAAUCAUGCGGUUUUUUGUUUUUUCCUUGAGUUUCUUGGCCAGAUGAUUGUAGUUCGUAAGUGCGUUUUGUGAUAUUGCUGUUUUUCCUCUAUUUGUACUGUAGAUUCUAGGGUUUAUUCUUCAUGCAUUUAGUUUUUUAUUCAUUUAUAUUUAAGUCUAUUUAGUGGUUGAGUAUUGUCAUUUCUUCUUUUAUUGUGAGUGUGUAAAAAGUUAAAACUUAACAUGAUUCUGUUGAUAUGUGAUAAUAUGAUUCUGUUAGGUUUUCGUUUCCUUAGUUAUUCUAAAAGAAUCUUAUAUUCCUGGCUUUUUGCUUUCUGGAAGGAAUUCCAUUGGGAGAAAGUGGGCUUGGUUUUGGAGUUUAAAUAUAUAUGACUAACGGAUUGUGCAUCAUGUGUUUGAGCUUGUGCUUCAAUCACAAAUGUUAAUCCUUUUAACCCCUAUUUUUGUUGGUCAGGGUUAAUUACUCAAAAUGCAUUUUGUAAUUUUCCCUAGCAUGAUAAAUUAUCUUUGGGGCAUUACAAUAAUCUUAAACUUGUGGGGUGCAGAAUACAUUUGAUUAUGUUAAAUUUUAUUCAUCCUUAAUUCUCUUCCAUCAGUGUUUUCCGUUACUGUGUGACACAUUUGAGUUCUAUAGAGAAUUUGAAGAAAUGGGACUUUUUUUUUUUAGUACUUGAUGUCUUUUUUACCUUCAUAGCCAUUUGAUUACAGGAUGGGGGCUGGGAAGAAUACGACCACUGUAGAUAUCAACAGAAGUGGACCUAUGCCGCCAAAUCUUGUAAACAGCACAGCUCAUGCCAGAAAUUUGAAGAAAAGCCAGCUUGGAGGUGUCAUAUUUGGCUGCAAGAACAACACCAUGAAUGAAUGCCUCUCUAAACAACUCUUUGGUUUACCAGCUACACACAUAUCAUAUGUAAAAAAUAUUGAUCCUGGCUUGCCACUGUUCCUUUUCAACUACAGCGAUAGGAAGCUUCGUGGGAUCUUUGAAGCUGCUGGCUCUGGCCAAAUGAAUAUUGACCCAUAUGGGUGGACAGCUGGUGGUUCACAGAGAACACAAUAUCCUGCACAGGUUCAAAUUUGUGUCCGACUACAAUGCCAUCCACUGCCUGAAGUACAGUUUAAACCUAUAAUUGCAGCCAACUAUCACAAUCGUAACCAUUUCUGGUUUGAACUAGACCAUGCACAAACCAGGAAGCUGAUGUCAUUAUUUGCAUCUUUAGCAGUUUCUCCUAGUACUUCCGUAUCUGAGGAUACAGCAAACUUGAGAAUUAUAUAUCAACCUGUUUCUUUGCCUCAAAGAGAUGGAGGGUUUGAAACAAUUGUUUCAGAGGUUCAAAAUCACUUGGAUUGCAAAUUUGAUUCAGUAGAUGUUUCUUCUUGUUUAGAUGGCAAGAACUGGCCUCUAGAAAAUCAGUUAGAUAUGAACAUAAUAGAACAAGAUGAGAAAAACCUUAUACUCAAGCAACUGCAGGAAUUGGCUUCUAAGCAUGGCGCUAACGAUUUGUCUUUGACGGAUUAUGUAGAAGAUUCUGCUGCUAUAAACGAUAAUCACUUGGAAGAAAAGUCUUCAGAGGAACAAAUGGGCUUAGGGUUGAGGAAUGAAGGGAGUGCUUCUGCCUCAUUUGAUAGUCAGUGCAUUAUUGCUCAGGGGAUGGAGGAGCUUAAGGUUUUUAAAGCAGAGCAAACUCUGAAGGUGUAUUAUUUGGAGCAGAAGCUGGUUGACGCUGAAGAGCAAAUUCAACGGUUGAAGGACCGUUGUAUGAUGUUAGAGUCUAUGUGUAGUCCCACAGUGGAACACAUUAAUGAUAGAGCAAGUGAUACUUUUGAUGACCUGUAUAAAGAUCCUACUAAUGAGUCCAUUUAUCUGGUGGGUGGAUAUGAUGGUCAAUCUUGGUUACCAGCCUUGGAUUUGUAUUUUCCUGCACGAGAUGAUUUAAAGUCUUUGAAGCCAAUGAGCACUGUUCGUGCAUAUGCUUCUAUUGCACAUUUGAAUAAUGAGAUUUACAUUUUUGGCGGUGGUAAUGGGCAUUCAUGGUAUGACACAGUUGAAUCAUACAAUCCAGCUAAUGAUCAGUGGACUUUGCGGCCUUCCUUGACUGGGAAAAGGGGGAGUUUGGGUGGUGCCACUUUAAACGACAAAAUAUUUGCUGUUGGUGGUGGGAAUGGGUUGGAAUGCCUUUCAGAUGUCGAAAUGCUCGAUUUAAAUGUUGGAAGGUGGAUCCCAACAAGAUCAAUGCUGCAAAAGCGAUUUGCUCUUGCUGCUGUGGAACUUAAUGGUGUACUUUAUGUGACGGGGGGAUUUGAUGGGAGUGAUUAUUUGAAUUCUGCUGAAAGAUUUGACCCUAGAGAACAUUCUUGGACAAGAAUUGCGAGUAUGAACACAAAGAGGGGCUGUCAUUCAUUGGCUGUUUUGAAUGAAAAAUUGUAUGCCUUGGGCGGUUUUGAUGGAACUAAAAUGGUUCCAAGCACUGAGAUAUUUGAUCCACGUCUUGGUUUGUGGGUCGAUGGGGAGCCGAUGGACCAGUCUAGAGGGUAUUCUGCUGCUGCGGUUGUUGAUGAAUCUAUAUAUGUAAUUGGAGGGGUCAGAUCAGAUGAAAACAUUGUAGGCACGGUUGAACAUUUCAAGGAGGGGGAAGGAUGGCAAGAAAGCUAUACAAGGACCAUUAGUAAAAGGUGCUUCUUGUCAGCGAUUGUUCUCUAGUGUCAUAGAAACGGCACAAUUGUUAACAGUGAAGCAUGGAAACUGAUUUUGGUUGACAUUGGGGAUAAGGGUGAAGGAGGUUCAUCCCAGCCUAUUUUUUCGGUCUAGUCAUGGGAUGUAAGCAAAGGUUCUUCAAUCUAUAAUCACCAUCAAUAUUUUGCCUUCAAUUUGUUGCUAUUGUUUGCGAGGAUAGACUUUAUUGGUCUUCACAGAUAACUAACGCAUGAGUGAAACAAAGAUGAUGAAUACUGCAUGGUAUUGAGCUUUUGGGAGCAUCCAUCUCUUGUACUGCCUCUCAACUCAAAUUUGGCCAGCAAGGAUUCUGCCAAGAUUAUAAUUCUAUCGUCAUCUUUUUGUUACCAUGAACAA